CACACAUGCAAUCAAUGCAAUAUAUCUAUGUGAGUGAGUAGCAUCAUCCUCUUUUCUUCAUGGACUGCAAAUGUUCAAUAUUGCCUAACUUUCUAGCAAAAUAAAUAUUCUCCUUGUGUGGUGCAAUUUGCAACAAGUCUAAUCAAAAUAGCUAGCUAUUCUCACAAGCCAAGCCAUUAUGAUCAACAGGCCAUUGACGAAGAUCACUUCAUUUCCCCUGAAAAAGUCUCCAAUGCAAUUCCCAAACCCUCCUCCUCAACCUCAACCGCAAGCACAUCUUCCUAAAAGUCCUUGUACGCUUGAAUUACCUACCUCUCCUCACCUGGUCCUGGGAGAAGAAGUAUUUCUUUUCCUUCACCACCAACACGGCUUGUACAAGGUUGACCUGCCCGACCUCUUCACCUGCGCAGGAUGCAAGGAGUACGGCUCAGGCAAGAGGUUCACUUGCCAACAAUGCGAUUUUCAGUUACACGAGUUCUGCGGGUUGGUCCCUCAACAAGUGAAGGCCCAUCCUCUCCACCUGCACCACCAACUCUUAUUCUCUUCAAAACCAGUUAAAGGAGGUAUUUUAAAAUCAAAGUGUGAUGUUUGUGGGAAGGCUACAAAAGGUUACACUUUCAGAUGCAGCGCCUGUAGUUAUCAGAUGCAUCCUUGCUGUGCUAUGCUGUCCAGUGAAAUUAACAUUUCAGUGCAUCCUCACCCACUAAGAAUCCUGCCAUCUGCCAUUAGUUUACCAAAUGGGGAACCUGGUCUUCUAUGUGGAGAAUGCAACAGAGCCAAGAGAUCAGGCCGAGUCUAUCGUUGCACGGUUUGUGAGUACCAUCUGCACGCAGUAUGUGCAAAGAAUAUGGUAAAUGGCCUUCAAGCCAACGGCAUUAAGGGCGUUGAGAAGCCCAGCAUGCUGGGAACUGCAGCUCGGCUUGCCUCUCAGGUAAUCAUCGAAUUCAUCGGAGGGCUUAUCGAGGGACUUGGAGAAGGCGUCGGGGAAGCUUUCAUUCAAAGUGUUGCUAGGGGAAGGCGCCCUAGAAGACCUCCGAUUGAAUAAUAUAUAAACUGCUAGCUAGCUUUAACAGGCUGAUAUAUAUGCAAGAUUGGAUUUAAAAAAAAAAAAGCAUAUAUUAAUGGGAUUCCAGAUGUUGGUGGAUGAUGGAUGUGCACGUUCAGGGUGCCAGAAAUAUGUUGUGUGAUUACUGAGUAGGCCAUUGUGUAUUUGCCAAUUGCAGGUAUAUUAAUAUUACUGUAUCAAAUUGUAUUGUAUAUUGAUAUAUCAUACUUAUCCAUAAAUUAAUUAUUUAUUAACUCUA